GUUCCAUCAACAGGUUUUAAAGUUUCCAUCACGAUCGGUGUACCUCAAUUCUAGUCCCCCAAGAUGAAUCCCAGUUCAGCGAUUAAAUUUUUCUGUGUAAUCUUCUCCAUUCUUAUCGCAUUGGCAGUCGUUUCGGCUGCUCCCUACAGUUCAGACUACGACAAUAACAUUCGCGACCUCUUCGAAAUCCUGAUGCAGAGAGACAACCUGGAGGACCGGAUGGGCCUCCACCAGGUGGUGAGGAAGUCCAGGGGACCACAGUUGCGUCUCAGAUUCGGAAAGCGCCCCGAUGCCGGCUACGAGCCCGUAGUAAAAAGGCCUCGCUCCCUUCGACUUCGUUUCGGAAAAAGAUCCGAUGAUCUACCUAUUUCCGCAUAUAUGUCCGGAAUAUCCGCUGACGGAGAAAACUAACGAGCUUUCCGAGGAUACCAGAGGAUUUCUCAAAAAUUAUUUGCAGUUACAACAGACUUGUAUCUAAGGAGUGUUCAUAAUUUUUGUCAACGUUGAUUCCCACCGUUAUUAAAUGUAAAAAAAAAUAUAUAAUUUCUCGGAAUUGUUUAGAUUUCAGUAUCUCGAUGUCUAUACCACACAUUAUAUUAAACUUGGUGUACAAUAAAAUGUGGCGUAAGCAUUCUCAAUCGUAUUAUGAUGCAGUUGGCUGUAGUCGUUUUAUGUAUAAUAAGAAAUGUUGAAUAAAUA